AUGGCAGCAAACACGGCUGCUAACAUCACCAUGGCUACAGUUAUAGGAGUGGGAAUGGUUCUUUCCAUUACAGGCAAUGUUAUCAUUGCGUACGUUUUGAUCAAACGUUGGAAAAUAUUGCUCAGAAAUCGUCCAACAUAUCAGUUUAUUCUAAACUUGGUUCUUUCGGAUCUUGUUGUUGGUGUACUGUUCUGCCCUUUCGAGUUUACCCGCCAGCUGUUCGGCAAAUGGAUUUUUGGAAAAACCCUUUGUAAGAUCAUCGAUUAUGUCGAGAUCUCGGCUGCUGCCACUACUGUGAUCUCACAUGCGCUGAUCGCAGUUGAUCGAUAUCGUUCUUUGGUUCUACCGUAUCUACCCAAACUUAAACCCAGACUCGUCAAACAGCUAAUAGCCUCCUCAUGGAUUGUACCUGCUAUGGUGUCUUCUCCGUACUUGUACAUGUACACAAUUAUCGAUCAUCCGUUUUUCCUCCAAGAUCACUUUCCGCUAUGCACACCAACUGCCAUUCCAAUACAAUGGCUCGACAAACUUUAUGAAGCUGUUGAGUUUGGCUUACUUUUCUUUGCCCCUUGCUGUGUUAUUUGCUGGUGUUACUAUCACGUGAUCAGGGUUACAUUUGGAAGUCGUCCUAAUCGUACACCAUCGGCAAGGUUACCUAUAGCGGAAAAGGCUCUUCGACGGAGCAGGAAACGAGUGACGAAAACGGCCUGCUUAAUCAUAGUCGUUUUUUUUAUCUGCUGGUCUCCGACGUUUCUCCUGGGCAUUUGGAGGAUUGCGUCUGGAACUGAAAGUGUACACCACGGGCACACACUGUACGAGGUUUCGUUUUUCGGAGCAAUUUUCAACGAAGUCAUCAAUCCCGUCAUUUACAGUGUUUAUGACCAAAACUUGAAUAUCAGCGACCACAUUUGUUGCCGCCGAAGGGUUUUUAACGAGACAAGCCAAGUCCAUCUCCCAAAAAAUUUCCAGGGAAAGAAUCAUCAUAUAAAUGUUAUUAUAAAUCAGGCGCGUGUUGCGGAAGUUUCUUCGCGGUAG